UGUCGGAUCAAGAAAGCUACCAAAAUUGUAGUUUUUUCCUCUAUUCUAAUAUUCGCAGAUACGCGAGAGACCGGCUUUGUCAAUGCCAUUACAUCUGCAGGUGUUUCUUUUUCCGUCACUAAGGCAUGUAGUCUAGGCUCCUCUAUCUCCUGUUACUGCGAUCCCACAAAACUUCCAGACCUCAACAUUACGGAUCGAUGGGAAUGGGCCGGUUGUGAUAAUUUCCAGUUUGGUUAUCUGAAAUCAAAAGAAUUCUUGGAUGACUGGUUCAGAAAAAGAAGAGACUUUAAAGCGAUGCUGCUCUCCCAUAACUAUGAAGCUGGUCGAUUAGCUGUGACCAACAGUAUGAGAAUAAUUUGUAAGUGCCAUGGGAUGUCCGGAACGUGCAAUCUGAAAACAUGCUGGCACAAGCUACCACAUUUCAGAAAAGUAGGAGAUUUGUUAAAAAAGCAGUUUGAUGGUGCAGUCAAAGUAAUGGCUGGAAAUGAUGGGAAGCGUUUUAUUCCAGAGGGCGCUACAAUCAAGGAUCCAAGAAAACAAGAUAUUGUUUACUCUGAAGAAUCGCCCAAUUACUGUUUACCCAACAAGAAGAUUGGCUCUUUGGGAACACGUGGUCGAGAGUGCAACAGAACUUCGAUGGGAGUUGAAGGGUGUAAACUGUUGUGUUGUGAACGUGGUUACGACACGAUGGUAUAUACUAUCGAAAGGGACAACUGUAACUGUCGCUUUUAUUAUUGUUGUAAAAUUAAGUGUCAGAUCUGCCAGGAAAAAAGAACAGUCAGCCGUUGUUUCUAGAUCUAAGCCACAAAAACAUAGCAACCACAGUAGACUUUUUCUGCUGAUUAGAUCUGACUGAUAUUACUUGAAUGUAUUUCAUUUAUUUAUUAUGAUUUUAACUCUUAUGCUCUCUUGCUUGAAUAAAUCGCAUAGGCGUGGGAGUAACUUCUAUUUUUGUGUUUAUUUUUUAUGUAGUCUUUUAUACAGUUAUUGAUGAAAUAAUAAUAUCUUUAGAAAUGAUUUGAUACAUAGAAGAAAAUAGUAUUUAUUUUUUUACUUACAGUUUUGUCAGAACUCUACAAAUGAGCUUUAAGGAUUUUUUUUUAUCAACUCAGCUUCCGUAUUUGUGUAUUUAAGCAUAUUUGCUUCUUCAGAGAUACAUAAACAGAAUAAUAUAUACAUUUAUGAAGAAAACUUUAUCUCACAUUGUAGCAGAUUAAAGUUCCAGUUUGUAGGCUUUUUCUUUU